AUGAGGCUGCCCACCUACCGCAAGUCAUCUCGUACAGGAGCUACACUGACGUUCUGCAGGCUUCGGACCCAUCAGUGGUGCUUCAUUCUAUUCAAUGUCUUGCUUUUCCAUGCACUGCUUUUUGGAGCAGAUUUACUGGAGAAAUACUUCCUGCGGUCAUUACCUCUUUCUUACGCUGACGUGAAGGUUCUUGAAAUCAGGGAGAGGGCUAGGACAUUAGACAUGGAUCCUCUAAAGACCAAUCUCUCCAAGUCUUACACCGCCAACAGUGCAGAGGCGUGCUCAGAUCAAGAGGUAUUUUUGCUUGUUCUUGUCUGCAGUAGCCCAGAAAACAGGACAAGGCGCAACGCGAUCAGACAGACAUGGGGUAACGUGACAGACGCCAGAGGUUACGCUGUCCUUACGUUGUUUGUUUUAGGAAAGCCAACUGCAGUAAUCACCCAGCUGGAGAUCAACGAAGAGUCUCAGAAGCACAGAGACAUUAUUGAAGGAAGCUUCAUUGAUUCCUCUGUGACUCAGACUCAGAAGAUUGCGAUGAGCAUGGAAUGGACAGUAACUUUCUGUCCCCAUGCAAGGUACAUUCUUAAAACCAAUGAAGAAAUGUUUGUCAGUAUUCCAAGUUUGGUUGGAUACUUGCUUAGCUUAACACAACUAGAGGACAUUUAUAUUGGGAGAGUCAUUCAUCAAGCAGUACCUGUCAGAGACCCUGAAAGCCCUGGCUUUGUUCCCAUCAGUCAAUACCCAGAAGAGUUUUACCCGGAUUACUGCAGUGGGACAGCUUUCGUUGUUUCCCAGGACGUAGCUCGGAAGGUGUACGUAGCUGCCAAGGAAGCGCCAGCUUCGGUGCCUCCCGAUAUCUUUGUUGGAAUCUGUGCUAAGAAAGCUGGCAUCAUUCCUAUUCACAGCUCUCGGUUUUCUGGGGAAAAGCACAUCAGAUACAAUCGGUGCUGCUACAAAUUCAUUUUCAGCUCUUCCAACAUGAAAGAGAAUGAGCUACUUAAGGACUGGAGGGAAGUAAGUGAUGGAAAAGAUUGCUCAUUACUGGAAACUUACUAUGGUCUGCUGUCCUGUAAAGUUUUAACCUACUUUGAUAAGUUCAAACAGUUUAACAUAGAUACGAUAAAAAAUGAGGCUCUUCAUUUUGCUGAUUAA